UCGUCUGCUAGUGUGCUAGUUGACUUCGAGGAGGAGGUUGUAUUUGUUUCCUGGGGCUCACUUUGUUCUUGCUUUCCACUUGUUUUAGCUUCCUGAAAUGUCUAACCCUACAAGACCAUUCAAAUUUAGGGUUCCUUAGCUCUAUGAGGGUCGGUCUCAAUGAAGUAUGAAUUGAUAAGUUACAGGCGGUCUAAAUUGUAACCAGCUCAGUGUCAACAUAUAGGUACUAAAAUUAACCUUCUCAAUAAGUUGUAUAAUAAUUUUAUACGGCUUCUUCUCUUGUAAUCGCAGUUAUGUUAAGUGAAUUAUUGAAAAGGACAAGGGAAUUUAGGCGGCUAUGAAGCCUGCUAACUGGUAGAAGUUAGAACAUACGCGUUGUAAGGCGGGUCAGUACCCCGGGGCAGCAUUUGCUAGAAUGCCGUUCGUUGAAUAUCUGUCUUCGUUAUCACCAGAACCAUUUAAACAACUGUGCUCAUCAUGGCCCAAAGACAUUCGCUGGAAAAACGAAAGAGCAAAACCCGACCAGGCGUACGUUCCCACAGCCAUCGAACAUAUAGCAAAUGUUAUCACCCACGGGAUGUGGAUAGGACCAAGUAUAUACGCGGGAAUGGUGCUUCUGCGGAGAUCGGCGACAUGGCAGCAGUACUGGGCGGCAGUUGUUUAUGGGAUGGCCCUCGUAUUGUGCUUUGCCGUCUCCACAGUGUUCCAUUCGGUCUUCUUCGCAGGACACAACAGGCAGCUGAAAGACCUUCUGCACAGAGGUGACAGAGCGAUGAUCUACGUGUUCAUAGCGGCUUCGUACUUCCCGUGGCUGAUGCUGCGACCCCUGCCGGCCGACCACUGGGGCAGCGAGCUCUGGUGGCUGGUCUGGGUACUGGCGCUGCUCGGCAUCCUCUACCAACAGGUCUUCCAUGAGCGCUACAAGUCACUAGAAACAUUCUUCUACCUCUUCCUGGGUGUAGCACCCUCUAUAGCUGUGAUUAACAAGAGCGAUUUCUCGGGCCUGCCUGAGCUGAAGUUCGGAGGCCUGCUGUACGUGCUGGGUGUGUUCUUUUUCAAGUCGGACGGCGCCAUUCCAUUCGCACACGCCAUUUGGCACCUGUUUGUGGCGUCCGCCGCUGGCGUCCACUACUUCGCCAUACUGCAUCACCUCUACUCCGCCUCCUCCUCCUCCGCCUCUGCCACCUCCAACAACUAGGACCUACCUCCUUCCCUCCCCUCCUCCUCCUCACUAGUUAGUAAAAAAACCAUAUUGCGGACUGGAGUGAGAUUCACUACAAACUUUCAGCGUUAUUUAAAAGGGAAACCAUGUUGUUUAAAGGAUUGUUGACAGUGUUUGAAGUGAAUGUGCACUUCACUCCACUUCACUUCAUACUGUCAGCAUUGCUUAAAUUGGAAGCAUUGAUGUUUUUUAUAAGGAAUGCUCACUGAAGUGAAUCUCUCACUAGUUAGGUAGUGAUUUUUGAGAACAACCCCCCAUUUGGGCUGUAAGUAAAUUAGACUAAGCAAUAAAAUGACCCUUCACUUUCAUUCAUCAAAAUUGAUACUCUCAUAAUCUCAUAGUAACUCUUCGCAUUCGCCCUGUUUUAAUCAUUCCAAAUCUACAAUGCAUUUUCUGCCCUUGAAAUUUUUCAAACCCAUAUUAUAUCAAAAGAUUAUUUUAUUGAUAUGCAAUACUUUUUCUGUCUCCAUUGAUACUACAUGGUUUGGGAUGUAAAUAUAUUACACCCUAAUACUUCAAAAUGUUUUAUUCUAAAACGAGAGAAAACAUUAACUUUCAGUGUUUACCACUGUCAACUAAUAAGCACCUUCCAGAUAUAAAAACAAUUUUUGUAAUACCCCAUCAUUAAGACUAUUACUUUCAAUUAGCUACCAGAUUUGUAUAAUUAUUUUUCCACAAUACUUGGAAAUUACUAAUAAUAAUAUACUGGAAUAGCAAAUAUCGUCUUUCUUGAUAUGGGAGAAGCAUCAUAACUAUUAAGUUUUUAAAAAGAAUAUUUCAAUUCCAUGUCCAUUUUUUCAUCCAACAAUAUUUUUACAGACUCCAUUGAUAACAAUAAUGUACUCUAUAAUGUGGGGUACCAUUGUUCCCUUGUUAACCUGAAAAUCUGUGAUUCCAAUAAGAUAUUGUCUAACACUGCCCAUUUCCCUCAUUCUCAUCUGCCUUCCUUCUUUCCAAUAAUAUCUUAUUAUUCCUUCUUAUUCAUCUUUUCCUUCCUGUUUCCUAUUUUCCUGAUUUACAUAAUUUCCUACUCCACCCAAGCUAACUAGUUCUCAAAAUGUCUAGUAACUAAAAAUCAACUUUCUAUCGCUCUAUUGAAAAUAUUUUUAUACCAUAUUUUAUCGUUGAUGUUAUUAUAAGGAAAUUAGCAACUAUCGUAAUGUAAAAGUUAAUUAGAUGAGUAGUAUAAAAGUUGUUGUAUUCUAUAUCUUUUAUGUCUUGAAGACUCGAAACCUUUUUUUCUUGCCCUGGAUGAAGUGAUUGAAAAAUAUCAAAGUCGAAAAACUAUUAGAUAAUCUUUUUUAUUUGUAUACGAAUGUAGCCCAGAAGCAAUUUUUCUUGCCCUCACAUUCAAAGAGGAAAUGAAUGACUUGUGUAAAUUAUUUAUUAAAUACGAGUAUAAAAUAAUUACAGUGCCAUGAAGUUUGUAAAUUAUGGCAUUUAUUUACGGACUUAAUCUUAACAUUAAUAAUAAGAGUUAUUGAAACAUGGUUUAUCAUAGUUGAUACAAUGACAACACUUUAGUCACCCACUUCAACUAGGAAACUUCAAUUCAAUCUGUUUAUCCCCUCUGAAUAUUUCAAAAGAACUAGUACACUCGUUGACUGAGAACCUUUAAAAUAUAAAAUAUUUAAUGAUUUGUGAUAAAGUAAGUUGGUGAAGGAGCAAAUAUUAUAGUAAUGAAAUGAAGAAUUGAAGCCUAAACUAAAUAAUAACAUAAAUCCUAAAAACCCCUCUUUUUAAGAGUAUUUUUUAACUUUUGGCUAUCUAAAUUUUUUUAAUUCGUCACCCCACCAAUAAAUCCAUAAGUUUAUUACCUACUUCUUUUUACUAGACUACUCUACUGUAUCAUUAUUCAAUGAAUAAAUGAAUGAAUGUAGUUUUAAACAGAGUAUGCUAAAAAUCAAGUGAACAUUUCACAUUAUACAUUAUAAGAGAAUUUUUAUCUGUGAUGAGUUUCCAUUAUUCAGUAGUUGGAGAAAUAAAGAGUAUUACAAAUCAUAGAACUUCCAAUAUCUUCAGCUAUUUCAUCUUUACAUGGUUUUAUAUGAGAAAAGACAUGAGUUUAAGUACUGUAUCGUUUAUAGACUCAUCUCAAUUAUUGAUCUUGAUCACUGAUCACUCUUUCUUAUAUAUGAAUUCUAUUUAAUGAUUCUGAAAGUAUAUAACUUUCUAUAAUUAUAUUUGAAUAUUCACUGAGUAAUUAUCUUAUUUAAAUCUGGUAAAUAAAUAUUAUGACAUUUGUAAAUGAAAUCCCUGAAUAUAUAUGGAAAUUGAAAACACUUCUAACUACAACUAUUGUAUUCUGAUUGUUUACCGGUACUAUUUUAUCUAUUCUAUUAUAAGGUACCUACUAUUAAUAAUUGUCUUAACUGUGUCAUUUAUUUUUAAUGAAACUGUUAUACUGUACAGACCAAUCGAUAUAUUUCUGUUAAGCGUUGCCUGUUCUUGUAAAUUGGUAAUGAAUUUCAUCUGUGAUAAAUAAUAAUAUUAAAUAGACGGAUGGGAAUGUUAGUUCUGUAUAUGAUUAUAAUUAUCAUCUCAGAAUGUUGAAUGAAUGUUGAGCUAAAGUUCACAGCUUUGAAAGCAAUCGAAACAUGUAAAUUUUGUUGGAAUCUCGUUAGUAUAAUACUCUUGAAUGCUCAGGAUUCCUAAUUAAUAGUAACAUAAUGAGGACACUUCAUAAUGACGGGAUAUUGAAACCACAAUGGAAGAUGAUACCAUAAUAGAGUAAUCACUAGAAUAGAUGAGCUUUAUAAUCUAUAAACUAAUAAAAAAAUUAUGAAGGAGUGUAAAUCCUUUUGGUACCAUUCGGCUCCACAGAAAAUAAAUUUGAAUUUUUAAAACGCUGUCUUUCUGUUGAUGUUAAAGGGAACAUUACCAAAAAUUAAUUUAUUGUGAAUAUAAAAAUCGUUUCUUUUUAAAGUUAUAGACUGAGUAUAUUAUCAUAAAAUAAUCGUCCCACAUGCAGCUCUAGUAUUUAUAGUAGUUCGAAGUAUAUCAAUGUCUAUGCCAUACUGGAUUAUUAACAAAUUGAGCUGGUCGAAUAGAACAGAAAGUGUUGUAUGAAGAGAUAUCAACACAUUAUGGUAGGUGUUAUUAAAAUGUUAAAGUGGAAAUAAGUAAUAUUAAUAAUAUAUGAAGAUGUGAUUUCGAAAAUUAACUAGAGAAAGUACUCAGUUCGAAAAUGAACAGUGAAUUUGAAUGAAUGUAUUAAUAGUAUUUCUUACCAUCAUCUGGACAUUUCAUCCAAUUUAUUUUGUAGAAUAAAUUGUUCAUGUGGAAUUUAUAGUAGCAAAUUUGUAAAAAAAACUCAAUGUCUAGUGUAGGUGGUAAUAUAAGAGGCAGCCUCUUGAAGCGAUUAUGGAAAAUUCAGUUACCACACUAACCUAUAAUGUUAUCUUUUUUCUCUUGUGUGAUGCAGCAUAAAAUUAUUUAAGGUUUUUAGUACCUAAUAAUUGAUAAAUGUACGUUUUCAAGGGGUUUUUAUGUGAUUAAAAAUACCUCGAGGGUAUUUCAGCUAGACCAUUGUUACCACUGCAAUUACAGCUCAUCUAGAAGUUUAAAAUAUACCAACACUGUUAUUGCUUGCAAUUUGAAUAACUUUCUUUACAAUUCGAUGUCCUCAAACUAGAUGGCAACUUUCAACUUGGUUUGUUAAAUUCAUCAAGUUACAGCUCAAUGGGUUAACUCUAAUAAAAAAGCAGAAUGGUGUCUGUAAUGGCUGUAUAUAACAAUCUUUAUGGUUACACUCUCUAUUAUUCCCAAUCUCGGUAUUAGUUUUGGACAAAACUCAAAUGGCACCAUUGUACUUGAUGCAAGCUUUUUAACCAUUUUUCAUCUUUAUUUUAUAAUCCGUCGUAAAUCAAGAGGUAUUGCCAAAUUUACUAUUUAUAGUUAUCAUAGUAACUCAAAUAUACAAACUGUAAUAAAUUUAUCAGCAAAAACACACAAUUAUAGGAACAAUUCAGGCUAGUUCCAUAAUCCAUGACAACUUUAAUCCUAAACUUCAGGUGUAGAGAUUAGACAUUUUUGUGAAUGGGUUUUUGAUCGCAAUAUUUCCUUUCAUUUUUUAAAGAAUAUCUAAGUGAAGUUUUAAAAGUGGGUAUGUCAAAAAUUGAAAACUGUGAUAUAAAUAAUUAGACUACAAUAUUAUUCAGUCGUCAGCUACUAAUCAGUUCAUUUUUGUUGUGGUUGUAUCCUCUAUCUAGAUAUUCGGUGUAUUCUAUUUUUUGUCAAAAUUAAAUGCCUCAUCAGAGCAGCUACCAAUACUAUUCACCAAAUUAUUCAAUGAAAUGCCUGAUUCUAAAUUAUGUUAUACAACUAAUGACACAUAAGAAUUAGUCUUAUGCGCCAGAAGUGGCGCAUAGCUCAUUCGGUGAAAAUUCGAGUGGCUUAAAGAUAAUUACUGUAUAUCUGUUCUUUUAUUACUUACAUUUACGGUACUGGAGAAUCUACCUGUUAUUUUAGUCCUAAAAAGCUGUUCACUUGAAAUUCACACAUUACAUCACAAAUUCAAAAUCAAUCACAUCAUUUAAAAAUGAAAAACAUUUUAGUUUGUAUGUUAUGUUUUAAUGCAUGUUUUAUAAACGUUGAUGGUUUUGGAAAAUUUUAUUUCAGUUUAUUUUUAUGGCGAAAAAAUAUCUGAUUAAUGGUUCGGUUUUUUUUAUUAAAUAAGUUCAUUGGUUAGGUUAUUCAGUAUAUUUUUAGUUAUUUUAAAUUUAGAUUAUAUUCCCCCCCCCCACCAAUCAAUCAUCUUCCUCAUUAUUAAUUAAGAUGCAUUUUGAAGAAAUGAACGAAUUUAGUGGGAAUGGACAAGUUGAAUAUGUAUGUGUAAUAUAAUUAAUAUGUUUAUGGUAUGGUGUUGAAAUGUUUAUCUUUUACAUCUUACAAUAUUGAUAUUAAUAAAAUAUCACGUUUUGUUAAAA